UUUUCAGCAUAUCAACUAAUUUUAUUCAAUUUCAAACAUUUAAUUAUUUCAAAAAUGCAAUUAUUAUCGAUUUUCUUCAUGGCAACCAUCUGGAGCUGCUGGGGAGCUCAGGAGUCGGAAGGCUUCAUCCCGAAAAAACUAAUAAAAAAGCCGCCGGCUAUCGACGACACGGCGUUUCAUCGGCGUCGAGCCCUGGACAAGGAAGACGGGGGACAAGUGAUAGCUGAUCCAGAUGCUGAUGGGGAUCCACAUGGAAGACUUGCCACAUGGAUUCGUUCACAUGCUCGUCACCACAUUCCACUGAAACACCCACAUACUAGAAUAGAUGUAUUUAUUUCUGCUGGAUUAUAUCAAAUUGUGGAUUUGGAUCAACGCAACAAUUUGGCUACAGUAUCCGCCUACUUAGAUGUUCAUUGGAAUGAUGAUUUCAUCAAAUGGAAACCGGAAAUUUUCGGCGGAAUCGAGCGAAUUUUUGUGCCAAUCAAGUGGAUUUGGAAGCCCGAAUUCUAUAUGUACCACUCAGUUUAUGGAAGAGUUCCAGAUUAUGCUCCAGAUGCUUCUGCCGAGUUGCACUAUAAUGGCCUUGUGCGAAUGUUUGUGUCAAUUUCUUCCAAGAGCUUUUGUCCGAUUAAUUUUAAACGAUUCCCGUUUGACUCGCAGACUUGCUCAUUUUCGUGUGGGUCAUGGGCUUAUCAAUCGAAUAUCGUCAAUUUGGUGGCAGCAAAGCAGGAAAUUGCAUUGGAGGAUUUUUAUGAUAAUCAGGAAUGGCUCCUAACCGACGCUCGCCUCUUCAACGGGACCACCAGAAAUGUGUCGGCGGCAAAUGAAUCUUUUUCCAUGGUUUAUAUGCAACUGGAUUUGAAGCGACAAAGUUUUUAUUAUGUAUUCAACUUAGUGUUCCCGACUACUUUGGUAUCUCUAGUAGCCGUUAUCGGAUUUCACGCUCCAAUCAACGCGACCGGAAGGAGGGAGAGCAAGUUUCGGCUAGGUAUAAUGACGCUUCUUUCGAUGUCUGUCAUGCUCCUGAUGCUCGUCGGGGAAAUGAAAUUCGCAAUGGAAAGUGUGCCCGGGCAGCGUGGUUCAUUCUCUGAUGUACCUUUAAUGGGAAUAUACUAUAUGACGUUAAUAUGUAUAGUAAGCAUUGCCACGUGUACAUCUUCGAUUUUUGUUCAUUUGGAAAAGUUUGCACUGAGGAAUCCGAGUUGGCAGAGUGUCCCAUGGUACAUCCGAUGGUUGGCUGCAAAGAAGCUCUUCUGCUGUUACGUUCCAAAAUCUUUCCGUUAUGAUAAAGAUGCAUACAGCAGAAAUAAUAAUGUUCAAGCAAUAUCAUUACAUUCAACACCUGAUAGAAAUGUUGCAAAGAAUUUGAUACCCAAAGAGAUAAACUUCACCGAAGUCAACCAAGAUGCUCCAUUGCACGAUGUACUGGAAGGCCCUUCCGCCGAGAAAACGCAAAAAAUCGAUUUAAUCGUCUCGUUACUCCGAGAAAUAAUCCAUCUGAAAGAAAGAAUUGGAGCAUCCGGACAAUUGGCUCCAUAUUGGGAUCAAAUUAUAUCUCGCUGCGAAAAAGUUUCACUUAGUUUUUAUCUAUUCCUUAUCACUAUCAAUGUUCUCAUGUUUUUGUAUCCUGAAUUGUGGUAUUAGGAUUUUCCUUCUUUUUUUUUCAAAAAUUGACCAUUUUGAAAAAAUCAAUUUUUUAAACUAAUGGAAGUAAUUUAAAUUUUGUCCAAUAAAAAAAAACUUUUUCGGGUCACAAGCAAUCUCAAAUAUACAUAAUCAAUUGUAUUUUUUUCAAUAAUAAAGUAAUUUUAAAUUAAU